AUGGCGGUCCAAUCCAUAUCUACCCAAUCUGCAGCAAACUUCAAUGCUUUCUCUGAACCCACCAGUAUCGCCGGUGACGAUGGCGAAAGCAAGAGUGACAGUAGUAAUGGUAGUGACCUCAGCAGCAAGAACAUCCUCCACAGCAACAACAGACGAUCCUCCCAAUUCUCGUUUGCUCCUACUCCUCUCCUUCCUCUCUCUUCACGCCAGCCUCGCAACACUGUCGGUCUUCCCCCCAUCCGCCUCACUCUGCUCCAACGUCGUCACCACCAGCGAUCCAGCUACUAUGGCCAGGGCCACCCCUUGAUCCACCAGAUCCAGACCCACAUUCGUAGCCACAGCCAAUAUCACAUCAUCAGCCCCUGUCACACAAAGUCGCGAUCUGUGCAGCUUGCUGACAUCAUGUCGAGCAUUGUGCUCCAUGGUCCUGUGAAUGGAGAGGGAAAGAGUCAUGGCGAUGCCUCAGCCGACAACCUGAUGGAGAAUGUCGAGACUGAUUCCGUUGCCUCGAUGGAUUCGAACGAGUCCAGCUCAUCUGAUGCACAGGCCAACACCGUGUCUGGCCUGUCGAAGGAGGACCAGGCUAAGAUCGCAGAGCAACAGCAGGCUGAUGGUAAUGCCUACUGUUCUGCAGACUAUGUGUACACGGCCCCGUGUGAGCACCACCCUUCCAAGGGCCAGACCGAUUACCUCGUCAACGACAUGUUCCCCAAGCUCGAGGCAAUGGAGUUGCUGUUUUUCGUUCAUGACUUGUCAACGAUCGAGUUUGGUAUCCGCAUUGCCGACUUCAUGCCCCUGGCCUUCAAGACCGUCCCCGUCGCCGGUCUCGCCGAGAAAGAACUCGAGCUCCUCCAUGAUCUCCGUCAGCUGCCCCAUGUCAUCCAGCUCCAAGACUCGUUCGUCAACGACAAUGGCGACACCGUCCUGGUUCUGCCCAUGCUCAAGCCCUUUGAUGUCCAUGCCGUCAACAAGAGCCUGUGCUCGGUCCGCAAGACCAUGCGCCAGGUCCUGACUGGUCUUGCUGCCGUCCAUGCCAAGGAUAUUGUCCAUCUGGACAUCAACCCUUCGAACCUGAUGGUCACCCACGCCAAGCGAGAUGUGGUUGUCAUCGACUUUGGUCUUUCCAUGACCGUCGACCGUAGUGUCGCUGAAAAGUCGAUCCCCGUUUGCGGCACGUCCGGUUACAUUGCGCCCGAGAUUCUUAACCCCUCUGCCUAUGGAGAAUAUGACGCGAUGGCGGCGGACCUUUACUCGCUCGGAAUUGUCCUCGGCGAGAUGUUGGAGGAAUAUAUCCCCGAUUGCGACCUGCUCUACUUUGGGUCCAAGUUCCUCGGACUCCAGAAUACCAACCAAACCGUUGCCGCAUUGAAGGAGUUUAUUGGACAGGGGGCGAUGUAUCCCAAGGUCCUUGUCCAGGCGGCCGAUCUCCUCCAGAACAUGUUGCAGGAGAACCCCAAGGAUCGUCGCUCAGCCCAAGAGUUGCUCGAUUCCCACCCGUUCCUUGCCGUUGGACCCCCUUCCUCUGGUACCACCGUUAUCUCGACCAAGUGCAAGAAUACGUCGGCGACUCUUGCUGGCGCUGUUGGUGGCAACCUUGAGUUGUGCGAAUGGACCUGUCGUCUCCAGGAGAUCAAGUACCAGCGAUACAUAUACCAAGAGCAGACUGGCUGCGAGGUUUACCGUUAUCGAUAG